AGGAGAUCAUGUGGGAGGUCGCCGUGCACCUGGACGCGAAGAAGGUGCCGGAGGAAGACUUGGGGCCAGGCCCCUGGUACGUCCCCCGCGGCUUCCUUAGGUAUCACAUCUACCCCUACGACAAAGCCAUGUGGGGCAAAUUACGAGAUCCGAUCUGGGUAAUGUUUACCCUUGGCUCGUUAAUUCCUGUCAGCGGCUUCUACGCGCUGGUUUACGCUGUGAUAUUCCUCGUCAUCGACAAGCGUGAUGAGUUCCAGUUGCUGCAGUUUAUCUUGCAGUUCAAGGGCACCCAGUUCCUGUCACACGGCGUCAUCCGGACCAUCAUGGGCUUCUUCAUGUUCGUGAACUGCGUGAGCAGCCAAGCCCAGGAGGAGCAGCACUCGUGCGAGAACCACGGGCCCGGCACGGCCGAGUUCUACAGGGGCAUGUACGAGUUCUCCAUCUUCGGGUGGGUCCUCCAGGUGAUGUUGAUGUGGGCCGCCUACUUUUGCCUGCGGUGCUCGAUAGAAAAGGGCCGCAAAGAGCUGAAGGGGCGCGUCGGCUCCCACGCGGACCCAGCGGCCCACCACGACGAGGCCCCGAUGACCGUGGGCCUGCAGCAGCCCUCCAACAAGAGGAUCAGCCGCGAGUUCCGGCACACGGGCGCGACGGGCCCAGGCGGGUACAUCAGGUAUUUUUUGCUCUACGACGCCGUCUGCUUUACUGUUGUUCUCUGCGGCCUGUUCAUUGUGAUCGCCCUCCGUCCCGAAGGCAUCGGACAGGCGUACUACCACUGGUCCAUCCGCCACGCCUUCUUUUCUGCCCAGGUCGUGUACGGCUACCUGUCCAUGCCGUUUUUCCUGUUCAUGAUUCCAGUGCUGCAGAGGUUCCUGACGCACUCGAUCGACACCGCCUACGAUACGAAAGGGCGGUGUGUUGCCUACGCUGGGCCCAAGAGGAAGAGGGACGAGGACGAGGAGGCGAAAAAGAACCGGUGGGGCUCCGUCUUCGACCCGAGCAACCUGGAACAGGCGACGGCGGGCGUGGCUCUCAACGCGAAGCUCGAGGCGCUCUACGACAAGGUGAAGGACAUCAUGACGAACAUCCCUAAGAUGCGGCCAAGCUGCUGGCCAAGGAAGGCGAGGCCACCGAGCUUCCUGCCCGGCGGCCGCCCUGUUCGAGACCUCCGACGACCUCAUGCAGCUGAGGCUGGCCUGUGGCUCCCGGGGUCGGCGCUCGCCUUGUACGGGGCGCACGAGCUGUUCCAGCAAUCAAGACGGAGGAAGUCCCCUCCGAUCGACUGGGACGCCGCGCACCAGACGGGGCUAACGCGGAUGUCUGAGCCCGCGCAGUGUUGUUUUCCCUUGGCUCCCGUGAGACCAAGCGGGUGGCAUCCAGCGACGACCACGAGGGCGCGGCGCACCUGCGGAAAAGGAACGAAGCGUAGACGAGGAAGAGGAGGGAAGUUGGUAAGAGAAGAAGAAAAAGAAGAAGAGUUGUUACGAUGAUAAGAUUGAAGAAAGUCGAUGGUUGCGAACUCCUGGGCGGU